AUGCAAGUGUGGAACUGUCCAUAUCAGUGCGCAAGUAAACUCACUUUCUUCUUAACUCACGUGAUUAGGCGUAAGAAAUGGAAUCAAACGUAAUAAAUGCACAUUUUCAUGGCUUCCCAUAACUCCCCAGUCCCCAUUCUCAUUUCUCAGUCCUAUUUUGAAUUUCUCACACAUUUAUAAACAACUGCAGUACUGCACCACCCACCAUUCAAUUACAGGAUACUAGUACUUCAUAAUCAAUCAAACCUAAUAUUCAAUCAAAUACUACUACACUGGAAUUUCUCGUCUAUAAGUUUACCAUUUGCUUUUGAGAAUCUCUCGUUUUUCGGCUAGGAGGCAAUAGUUGGACAACAAUGGCGGUCGGCGGAGCAGAUUAAAUUCAUUAGAAACUGUUUCAGAAAUUCAGGUAUCUCUAGCAAAUUUGUAUUCCGUAGUAAGCUAGCAGGGUUGCCAGUUCUCCAUCGAAAAUGACCAUGAGCAAUCUGAAAUUGGGAGUACAUGUGGUUAGUGCACAUGAUCUUAUGCCGAAAGAUGGCCAAGGAUCAUCAAGUGCAUUUGUUGAGCUUCAUUUUGAUGGACAGAAAUUCCGAACCACAACCAAGGAAAAGGAUCUCAACCCAGUAUGGGAUGAGAGCUUCUAUUUCAAUAUAUCUGAUCCGUCAAUCCUUCCUCAUCUCAAUCUCGAUGUCCAUAUUUACAAUCACAACAGAGCUACAAACUCAAGAUCAUUUCUUGGAAAGGUUUCCCUCAGCGGGACUUCAUUUGUUCCUCACUCUGAUGCCGUUGUCUUGCAUUAUCCUCUGGAAAAGCGCGGAAUCUUCUCUCGAAUCAGAGGAGAGCUUGGCCUGAAAGUUUUCAUCACUGAUGAUCCUACUAUUAAGUCAUCCACUCCACUUUCUUCGGCUGAUGCAAAUGUGAGCAUGCAUCAUGCACAAGCAGCAGUGCCAAAAUCUGAAGUGAGACAUACCUUCCAUCAUCUACCUAACGCCAACCAUUCUCAUGCCCAACCAAACUCUCAUUCCCAUUCUCAUUCUCAUCCUCCACAUCAUCAUCAUCAUCAUCAUGGUGCUCCUGAGGAAGCUAAUCAUGAAUUGACUUAUCAAGAAGUAGAAGAGAUGAAGAUGAAAGCUGCUGCACCACCUCCUAAGAUUGUCAGAAUGCAUUCUGCUUCUGCUGCACAACCAGUUGAUUUUGCUCUCAAGGAAACUAGUCCAUACCUUGGAGGGGGACGAGUAGUCGGGGGACGCAUUGUUCAUGCAGACAAAACUGCAAGCACAUAUGAUCUUGUGGAACGAAUGCAGUUUCUUUACGUUAGAGUUGUCAGAGCCCGUGACCUUCCUAAUAUGGAUCUUACUGGUAGUCUUGACCCUUUUGUAGAGGUGAGAAUCGGAAACUAUAAAGGGGUGACCAAACACCUAGAUAAGAAUGAUCACCCAGAAUGGAAUGUGGUGUUUGCCUUUUCCAAGGAUCGGUUGCAGGCCUCGGUGCUUGAAGUUAAAGUGAAGGAUAAGGAUUUGGUUAAAGAUGACUUUGUUGGCAUUGUACGGUUUGAUUUACAUGAAGUGCCAACCAGGGUUCCCCCAGAUAGUCCAUUGGCUCCUCAAUGGUACCGUCUUGAGGAUAAGAAGGGAGAAAAAGUAAAAGGUGAGCUAAUGCUGGCUGUUUGGCUUGGCACUCAAGCUGAUGAGGCUUAUUCAGAAGCAUGGCAUUCUGAUACAGCUGGUAUCGAUAUUCAUUCCUCUUCCGCUUCUGCACUAUUGCGUUCGAAAGUGUAUCAUGCUCCAAGGCUAUGGUAUGUACGUGUCAAUGUUAUUGAGGCACAAGAUUUGGUUCCUACUGAAAAAAAUCGGUUUCCAGAAGUUUUUUGCAAGGCACAGAUAGGUCAUCAGAUAAUGAGAACUAAACCUGUUCAAGCCCGAACACUGAACUCCCUUUGGAAUGAGGAUCUAUUAUUUGUCGCUGCAGAGCCCUUUGAUGACCAUCUGGUUAUCACUGUCGAGGAUCGUGUGGCUCCUGGUAAAGAUGAGAUCAUUGGAAGAGUCAUUAUUCCAUUGACUCACAUUGAUAGGCGUGCAGAUGAGCGGCUCAUUCCUUCCCGCUGGUUUCACCUUGAGAAGCCAGUUGCUGUUGAUAUUGACCAACUGAAGAAAGAGAAAUUUGCCAGCCGGCUUCAUCUGCGAGUUUGUCUAGAUGGAGGUUACCAUGUUCUUGACGAGUCUACCCAUUACAGCAGUGAUCUCCGCCCCACAGCAAAACAGCUCUGGAAGCCCACAAUUGGUGUCCUGGAACUGGGCAUCUUAAGUGCUGAAGGACUCCACCCAAUGAAAACAAGGGAAGGGAGAGGUACAUCAGAUACAUAUUGUGUUGCAAAGUAUGGUCAUAAGUGGGUACGGACGAGAACACUUGUUGACAGUCUCUCUCCGAAAUAUAAUGAGCAGUAUACAUGGGAAGUUUUUGACCCAGCAACUGUUCUUACAGUGGGUGUUUUUGACAACUGUCAAAUCGGAGGAAAGGAAUCAAAUGGUGGAAACAAGGAUGUCAAGAUAGGGAAGGUACGAAUACGUAUAUCUACCCUUGAAACAGGUAGAAUAUAUACACAUUCUUAUCCUUUACUCGUUCUUCAACCAAACGGCGUUAAGAAGAUGGGGGAGUUGCAUUUGGCUAUAAGAUUUUCUUGCACGUCAUUUGCUAACAUGAUGUAUCAAUAUUCACGCCCCCUUUUGCCAAAAAUGCACUAUGUGAGACCCUUUUCAGUAAUGCAGCAGGACAUGCUUCGUUUUCAAGCCAUGAAUAUAGUUGCGAUGAGGCUUGGUCGGGCAGAACCUCCUCUUCGAAAGGAAGUAGUGGAGUACAUGUCUGAUGUCGACUCUCAUCUCUGGAGUAUGCGGAGAAGCAAGGCGAAUUUUUUCCGCCUCAUGUCAGUAUUCUCUGGACUGUUUGCCGCUGGGAAAUGGUUUGGUGAUAUAUGCAUGUGGAGAAAUCCUAUCACCACAGUCCUUGUUCACAUUCUUUUUCUUAUGCUAGUUUGUUUUCCUGAGCUGAUCUUGCCCACUGUCUUCCUCUACAUGUUUCUGAUUGGUGUUUGGAACUAUAGAUACCGCCCUAGGUAUCCUCCACAUAUGAACAUUAAAAUCUCACAGGCUGAUACUUCACUACCCGAUGAGCUUGAUGAGGAGUUCGAUACAUUUCCCACAAGCAAGAGCCCAGAGCUUGUGAGAAUGAGGUAUGACAGGCUGAGGAGUGUGGCAGGAAGGAUUCAAACUGUGGUGGGCGACAUUGCAACUCAAGGGGAGCGGUUCCAAGCUCUCUUGAGCUGGCGAGAUCCACGUGCUACUGCCAUUUUUGUGACAUUUUGUCUUAUAGCUGCUAUUGUGCUAUACGUUACUCCUUUCCAAGUGAUUGCUGCUUUAGCCGGAUUCUAUGUCAUGAGGCAUCCAAGGUUUCGCCAUCGCCUGCCUUCUGUGCCCAUCAACUUCUUCCGCCGCCUGCCUGCUAGGACAGACAGUAUGCUGUAAAUUUAAGGUCAGAUGAUUUCAGGCAUGCCUUUAGUCUUGUUUCUAACCUUUGUUUAAAGUCAUUGUGUAGUUAUUCGAGCAAUUUACCUUUAUAGUAUGCAUUGUGUAGAAGAAAACUGUACUAGUGUCAAGGGGAACAAUUAAAGGCUAUUAAGCUAUAUGAGAAAUUAACUAUGAUGUAUUUGUUUUUC